AUCCCCCUCACAAGGCGACAAGGCAGCUCGAGGACGAAACCAGUCACCUCGCACCACAUCAGCAGCAUGCCCCCACGUGGGCGCACGUGGUCCUGUCCCCUUAGCCUAGUAUAAAUACUCAUGUAAACCUCAGAAAGAGGGAUCCGAAUUCAUUCUCUCUAAACUCCCUUGUAAAAGCACCCGUGCAUUCUCCGUUAUAANGGUUGGAAAGUGUCGGCAGAAGAGGAUCUGCGAGGGCUUGGCGUGUAGCGACCCGUGUCAGUAGAGGACAACUGGAGAUGCUGAAGAAUCCAUCCAAGGCGCUACUCGACAAAGGGAAUGAUCCCCCUCACAAGGCGACAAGGCAGCUCGAGGACGAAACCAGUCACCUCGCACCACAUCAGCAGCAUGCCCCCACCCAACAAAUCAACGCUACUUCCGCACAGGUGCAAGCCACCAAUGAGGGCGCCAGCAUCCUUGUGGCUGCUACCAUACCGGUCAUUUCAGCCCCGGUGUUGCCUCUAGGUCUGAGCUCUGUCCCGACGGCCAGCGUGAUCAGUCCCUUCGCGACCCUCGUCCCUUCCGCUGGACCGAGGGUCACGUUCCCACCAAGCAUGGCUCAGUUCAUGAACGACCCGGCCAACCUACAAGCCAUCCAGGGCUUUGGCCAGACGCCGAUGCCGCAGCCAUCACCUUUCCAGCCCCAACUGGUCAGCACCAUGGCCCGUGUCAACUUGACCGACGCACUUAACGUCGCAGGGCCAUCGCGUCCCCCGCAAGCUACGGAUCCGCAGGUCACUCCUGAUGGUCAUUGCGUCUCAAUUGAGAGUGAUGACGGCGAUUGGGACAUCCCGAGGGCCCACAAGAAGAAGAAAGGAAAAAUCAUCCGGCCAGCGACCUCCCGAAACUCCGCCUUCGAAAGGUUGGGGGAUAGGGAGGAAGGCCAGAGGAAGUCAGCCAAGCAAAGGCUGGGGCAGAGCGUUGCCCAUGUCAGCGCGUUCGCCCGGCUAGGCGAGGUGCGGGAGGCCGAGCCUGCCUGCACCCGGCGCUCCCGGUCUAACCGGCAGGAGCCAGCGAGGACGAGGGCCUCCCACCAGGAAGGGGAGGCAGAGAGCCAGCCCAGGUUACUGGUGGCGAACCGGUUAACCAUCCCAAACGACCGCGUCCAGCAGAUGGAGGCAAAGCUGGAAAGGCUGGAAAAGAAGGUCGGAGAGAAGAAUGACCGGGACAAACCCCUGGCAGGGUCCCCGUUCACCGCAAGGGUCCAUCUGACACCUUUCCCGCGAAAGACCUUGCGGAACCGAGCCACUGAAUGGUUCAAUAAGCUUCGCCCGGGAAGCAUUGAUUCAUUCAGUGAUUUGGCCUCAAAAUUCAAGGCCAAGUUCCAGGAGAAUUGUACUAAGAGGAAGAAAUUCACCUAUCUUAGUACAGCCGGGCAAAGAGAGUCUGAGAACUUUACUCAGUUCCUUACCCGGUGGAAGGAAGAGGUGGACAAGGUGGAAGAGAUGGAUGACAAGACCGUCCUCUCCCUCCUCUUGAAUGGCUUGCGUGCUGGGGAACUAUACAAGGAGUUCUGCCGGAAACCCCCAGCCACGUGCCAAGAGGCCUACCAUACUGCGUGGGAGUUUGCUGAGGCUGAAACCCAACUCCGGGCAAAGAGAGAAGCUGAGCAUGACUUACCGGUCAACAAGCCCACUGAGCAAUGGUGGGAGAUGGCAGUUGAUGGGGCAUCCGGUCCUAGAGGAUACGGGGGUGGUAUCGUGUUCACCACCCCAGGAGGGUUCAAGAUCUACCAUGCAAUCGUCUUCAACUUCAAGCUGACGAACAAUGAGGCAGAAUAUGAAGCUCUGGCUGGAGGGCUCAGACUUGCCCAAGCCCUGAAAAUCAGCCGCGUCAGUAUCAAAUCUUACUCUAGCCUGAUAGUAGGGCAGGUGACCGGUAACAUGGAAGCAAGGGAAGGACGCAUGGCACAAUACAAGGACCUUGUACUCGCCCUGUUGAAAGGCUUCGAAGAAUUCAAGAUCGCCCAAAUUCCCCGGGCGGAGAACGCGGAUGCAGACCUUCUCUCCAAAUUGACGCAGAGGGCUUCCUGGGUGGAUCGAAUCCACUUGGCUAAGCCAAUUGAGACACAGGCCCGGACCUGGCACGCUGGUUACUACACCGGUCUUGCUCAGUAUAAUAGAAAAAAUAUCAAAACCCGGAAGAGGGGCCCGGAAGAGGGUAUGCCUGCAAGAGGGCUGGACCUGGAAGAGGGUUCGAACCGUACUUACACGGGCCCAUGAGGUUUGACUGGUGUCGGGGAAUCAGCCGUCGCCGUCAAAUUGAUUGGGGACUAAAAAGAUGCCCAUUAAAAGAAAUAGAAGGGGAUCGUCCACCGUGGCGCAUCCUAUAUCCCCCUUCUCAGGGAAGACUUGAACGGGGGUGAGCUAAGGCCUUCCCGGGAUGGUAGAAAUCAAAGGGCCAUUAAAAGACUUAAUCACCC